AUGACAAAGCCUUUGCUGAAGAAAGGGUCAAUCAUAGGUAACUACUUACAGCACAACAAGCCAGAGACAAGAGAGCUGAGCUCUGCUGAUGAGUUGGAGCUGGACAAAAACACUGAGGUGACAGAUUCCUCGCGGGCAUGCCAGCCCUGUUGUAGAGUCAGGGGAGAAAAUGUUGAACAGACACUCACUCAGAGCAAACCUAUCUGUCCACAGCGAGUGUUCAAGGUGGUAUUUUUGGGUAAUUCAGGAGUAGGUAAGAGCUCCUUUAUCCAGCACUACUGCACGGGCCACUUCUACAAUAAAAUGAGCUCCACAGUUGGCAUAGAUUUCCAGAUGAAGACUUUAACUUUGAACUCAACAACGAUCACCAUGCAGCUCUGGGACACUGCGGGGCAAGAGAGGUUUCGCAGCAUCACUGCACAAUACUACAGAAAGGCCGAUGGCAUCCUUGCCAUGUAUGACAUAACUCACCCCACCUCCUUUACAGCGAUAAGAGGGUGGAUGGACUCUGUGAAAAAAAAGAUGGGUGAAAGUACUGUGCUGAUGCUACUGGGUAACAAACUGGACUUGGCAGACAAUCACGGCAGGAAAGUGGCGACAACAGAGGGUCAGAGGUUGGCAGUGCAGUACCAGGCUUUGUUUCAUGAGUGCAGUGCCAAGACCAGGCAUAACGUGGAUGAGCUGAUGACUCACCUGGCCCGGGUGUUGCUCACCAGACAUGAUCAGCAAUGUGAAGACGCAGUUUUACUGACUGAGGACACUGGCAAAAAUGGCUGCUGUGCCUUUAGUAAAAAGUAGAGGGCAUGCUCAUGGAAAUCUGAAAUCUGUUACUGAAAUAUGGCAGGCUAUGGUCAAGUGCAUUCCCAAGGUUACUCCUCCCAACACAAAAACAGUUGCAUUGUCUAUGAAGACGUUUGCUAAAUGGUAUUUUUAUUGUUCCACUAUUUCAUGAUUAUGUGUCUCUAAUAUGUCCCAAUAAAAUAGUGGA